CCCCGAAACGCUCAGGUUACCCCCAGGCCAACCACCUCACCCACUCACGUUCACCUUUCAACGUCCCCACUGCUCUUUACCUAGUCAUUCAUUAUGUUCGACAUCAAGUUGUCCUCUGUCACUCUUGCCAUUGCGAUCGCUGCGGUGAACGCGCAGGCGCCUAUCUUCCAGGGCGAGCUCUUCGUCGAGCCCGGUCUGAGCUCCGCCGCCUGCUUGACCGCCGAGAACAACAGCGAUGGCGCGGCCGUCUCGAUCUCCUCCUGCGUCGCCGGCUCUGCCGCGCAGAAGUGGAAGUUUGAGGGCGGCUCCAUGAAGGUCUUUGGCGACAAGUGUCUCGACGUCAAGGACGGUAGUGAGGCCGAGGGCGCUGCGCUCCAGAUCUACAGCUGCUCGGAAGGCAGCGCGAACCAGCAGUUCUACUAUAACGUCUGGGACCAUACCAUCUCGUGGACCGACAAGGGCAAGUGCAUUGACCUGACGGGUGGCAGCACCCAGGACGGCAACCGCCCCACGCUCUACUCCUGCGGCGGCAACGCGAACCAGGUCUGGAACACCGGCUACUCCGCCUCUGACCUCCCCCAAACCUCGGAGGAGGGUCAGAACGGUAUCAACAACUGCAGCGGGGACUCCAGCGACAGUGCCAUGUGCCAGACCGCCUGGAUCAACUCUGCAUCCGACUUCUGCCUCUGGGCGCCGCCUGAGGUGGGCACCAUCGGCGACACCGAGCGUGAGGAGGUCGCAUGGUGCACGAAGAGCGGUCGCGGGACGCGUCUUAUUCCCGACGGCACCCUCUCGGGCGUCCACUUCGUGAAGACCCCGGACUACGUCCAGAUCACGGGCAAGGGUGACUUUACCAAGAUCAACGUCCCGGCCGGCGACUAUGGAGGCGAGCUCGACCCGCACGGCGCGGACGCCAAGGGCAACCCUAUCGGCGGCCUCGUCUUCGGCAACUCCUUCGGCGACGCGAUGCAGUACCACGAGUGGACCUCGUUCAUCUCCGAGAACGAGUUCUGCUUCCGCGCCUGCGUCGGCCCCAACGCCGCCGAGAACUGCCAGCACAUCUACGACGAGAUGGGCUGCUACUGGAACAUGCCCGCCAACUACGACGAGGGCGUCUUCGAGGACUGCGAGGGCGACGACACGGAGCCCAUGGGCGUGUACGGCACCUCGACGUGGCACCAGGGCGUCUCUCCGACCCCGGAGCCGCACGACGUGCCGUCGUCAUCGAACUGCCAGGCGCUGCCGACCGUCUCGGUCAGCCCUGCGCGCCGUCGCCGUGCGCUUGAGUACGUCAAGGCGUGAGCCGGAUCUUCUGAAUGGCUUUUUUUGAUGACUUGAUAUCGGAAACUAUCUAAUUUAUACGCACGUUAGCUCUCGUUACACUGUCUACGAUUACGGUCGGGUAAUACCUUAAUGGAAUGAAUGUCGGCUCUGAAA